UAUAUAAACAACAAUUGCCUUAAACAAAAACAUCAAAUAUUGUAAUGAUUUAGUUGUUAAAAAUGUCGCAAAGUACAACAGAAGCGGAUGCCGGCGCCGGGGAAGAUGAAACCGCAAUGCAGCCGGCGCACGAUUACAUUGAACUGAAAACUGAGAAUGAAAUCCAAGCGCUGGAGCAGAAGCAACUUUAUGCAUAUGUGGAGAAGUUACAUGGAAUCAUAAGGAAAUACGAUACCAAGAUAGCAACGUAUAAGAAAAAACUAAAACCCUUUCUGAACAAGCAAUCCAAUGGCAGCCGUGAUAUGGGAACACAAGUGUCUAAUGAGGAGCUGGCGGAGGCAGCAGAAGCAGAAUUGGAAUCUCAAGAGCAAGAGAAGGACGAAGCCAAAGAACUUUCAGCCACGGAUGCCUUUAGCUUUGUGGACGAGAUGCGCCAGGCAGCACGCCAUGCGGAAAAUUUAAACAAUUUCGUAUACGAGCCAACCUCUGGCAUGUACUACGAUCCCAAGACGGGCUACUACUAUAAUGCGGAAUAUGGACUGUACUAUGAUGGCAAUACGGGCUGUUAUUAUAGCUAUGACCAGAGCAAAGAUUCGUACGAGUUUCACUCGCAAGCACAGGUGCAGGCCAACGAACAAAAGGCAGCGGCUGAGGAUGAUGACGCUGAUGAGCUGCUGGAAGUGGAAUUUGAUGAGCAGGGCCAGGUUAUCACGGACAAGAAAACGCUGAAGCAAAUCAAAGCUGAGAAGCAAAAGAUAAAAGAUCGCGCAGCCAAAAGCAAACGCAAAGCUAAAAAGAAGCACAAGAAGAAGCACAGCAAGAAGUCCAAGAAGCGUCACAGGCACAGCGAUAGUGAGGAGGACCGCAGGCGUUCACGCAAAGCGCGAGAUGCGGAGGAUGGCGAGCUGUCGGAGUCCUCCAGCAGUUCUAGCACGCAGAGCAGCGACGAGGAAAGCAACAAUAGCGACAGCCAAGUGCCUAUAUUCAAAGCUGCCGGACGUUUUCAAGACAUUGCUAAGAAGUAUCCGCCCUCGCUGCGUAUUAUAGUGCAAGAAACCAAUGUGCAGGAGCUUACAGUAGGCAGCCUGCAUUUGAUUACCUACAAGGGCGGUUCGUUGGGGCGUGAGGGCGCUCAUGAUGUCAUCAUUCCAGAUGUAAAUGUCAGCAAGUGCCAUUUGAAGUUUCAUUACGAUACCAAGCAAAGCGUCUACAAGUGCCGCGAUCUAGGCUCACGCAAUGGCACUAUACUCAAUGGUCAGCGCAUGUGCGAGUCCAAGCUGGCCAGCUCUGAUAUGGAUCUGGUGCAUGGCAGCGUUAUUGCCAUAGCGCAGACUAAGCUGCUGUGUCAUGUGCACGAGGGCAACAGCACUUGCGGACUGUGUGAGCCGGGUUUGCUUAUUGAGAAGGAAGCAGCUGUAACCCCAGUUAUGGCUAGCAAUAUUCUUAGCCAUAAGGAGCAGCUAAAGAAACUGCAAAAGAAAUAUGGACUGGAAAAUGAAAAAUUUGUGGAAAGCAGCAGCACUGCUAAUCCUAAUUACAACGAUCGCAGCGCACAGCGACGCAUCAAAGUGGGCAGCAGCACAGACAAGGAGAAGACUGAAGUGGCCUGCGUUAAUACUGAAAUUGCGAGCAGCAACAAAGGCUUUAAGAUGCUCAGCAAACUUGGCUGGCAAAAGGGCGAAACUUUGGGCAAAAGCAAUCAGGGACUGCUAACGCCAAUCAAUGUUGUUGGCAACGAAGGCACCAGUGGCUUGGGCAGCAAUGAGCCCGCUCCAGUACCUGUGGAUAAGCGCAAGUUGGCCAAUCUGAAGAUUACCCAAGCGCGUUAUCAGCGCGCCAAUGAGCAGUUGGAUGCAAGUGAUUGAUAGCUUAGUUUGAUAAGUUUGGAAACACAUUUAAU